UAUAAUUACUUUUUUAAACAAUGAUUGAAUUUUUAAAAAAUAAAAAUUGGCAACGUUUAUUUUUUUUAUUUUCCAAGACAAUUGAAUUUAAAAGAAAACAAAACAAAAAAUAAAAAAAUAAAAUAAAAUGUAACGGUUGCCCACCUUUUGGUGGGCCCGAUUGUAUGGCAGCAAAAAAAGAAAUUACAAACUCCGGAUAAUUUCUAACGUCUUUCAAAUAUCCUUUACAGUGGGGAUAUUUUAGAUGCGGGGAUAUUUAAAGAAAUAAAUAUCUCCCAUUAUCGAUGUUCUGAAAAUUUCACGAAAGGGUGCAUUUAAUGGCGCCUUUUGAUUUUUUAUCCAGUUUUUGCCCUUAUAAAGCACUCCGGCCUUGAUCAAUUCCUCAUUCCGAGAUGGAUGCUGUGCUGCGGUCGAGCUACUCCCCAUUCUCGAGCUUCUACGAUGCGCCAUAUCCGCUCACGGAGACGACAACGUUCAAUAAAGCACGCGGUGAGGAGCUGCCGCAGGGAGCGGCUCAGCUGAACGUUUGCGAGCCAUCAGGUAUAUGGAACAUGCUGUGGUCUUGGAAGGGCUACAAGCAUCCUGGAUUAUACCAUCCGGAUAACUCCAUCACCUUUGUUUGCCAAGCCCCGAUGAUUGAAGCGGCGCUCCGAUUUUCUGGCAUCACAGAUAAUCCUCUGAAAAAACCAAAAAAGGUUGUGGAUGUGGGUUGUGGCAUCGGAGGUAGCUCUAGAUACAUUGCAAAGAAGUAUGGGUCUCAUUGCCAGGGCAUCACAUUGAGCCCUAUCCAAGUACAGAGAGCACAAGCUUUAUCAGCUGAUGAAGGACUAGAAGACAAGGUAAAUUUUCAAGUCGCCGAUGCUUUGAAUCAACCUUUUCCUGAUGGACAAUUUGACUUGGUUUGGUCCAUGGAAAGCGGAGAGCAUAUGCCAGAUAAAGUGAAGUUUGUGAGCGAACUGUUACGUGUUGCUGCACCUGGAGCUACAAUCGUUAUCGUAACAUGGUGCCACAGAGAUCUCUUGCCAUCCGAGGCGAAUCUGGCUCCUGAUGAAACAAGCCUCUUGAACAAGAUAUGCAAUGCGUAUUACUUGCCGUCCUGGUGUUCAGCUGCAGACUACGUUAAAAUAGCUAAUUCUUUAUCACUCGAGGACAUUAAGACGGCUGACUGGUCUGAUUAUGUAGCUCCAUUUUGGCCUGCUGUCAUCCGAUCAGCCUUUACAUGGAAGGGUUUUACGUCUUUAUUGCGAACUGGAUGGAAGACUAUUAAAGGUGCAUUGGUGAUGCCUCUGAUGAUCCACGGCUACAACAAGAAGCUGAUCAAGUUUACCAUCAUCACAUGUCGUAAACCAGCAUAAUCGUUGCUGUAUCAUCCAAAUAUCCUUAUAUAAUAAGGACCUUUUUAGGGUUAAUUAUGUGCAGUGUACCUUUUUCAGAUGCAGAGGUAUUUUAUGUACUUCUAUUUAGCUGCUUUGUUUGUUUGUUUGAUUUUUUUUUUAAAUGAGUGUUUGCGUUUGCCUGGAACUUGUAUAAAUUGGCAGGAAAACUGAUAUUAUUAAUAAUAAUUUAAUACAAUAAGAAAUGUUGAUUA